CUGUGGCAAGGUGGGCGUGCAGCUGCAGAGCAGGCUGGUGGCGUUUGAUAUUUUAGCCUGGAGGAGUGCUGGGUAUCAUGGCAGCAAAAAGAGCCCUGGUGAUCUUGGCCAAAGGUGCCGAGGAGAUGGAGACUGUGAUACCCACUGAUGUGAUGAGAAGGGCAGGAAUCAAGGUAACGGUGGCGGGUUUAACGGGGAAGGAUCCGGUUCUCUGCAGUAGGGAUGUGCUCAUCUGCCCUGAUAUGAGCUUAGAGGAAGCGCGCGGCCAGGGCCCAUAUGAUGUGGUGGUCCUUCCCGGAGGUAAUCUCGGCGCCCAGAAUUUAUCGGAGUCUCCGGCGGUGAAGGAAGUGCUUACAGAGCAGGACUCCAAGAAAGGGCUCAUUGCAGCAAUUUGCGCAGGACCUACGGCGUUGCUGGCCCACGGGAUAGGUUUUGGAAGACGUGUCACCACGCACCCCCUGGCUAAGGACAAAAUGAUGAGCGGAGAGCAUUAUAAGUACUCCGAGAACCGAGUGGAGAAGGAUGAGCAUUUUAUCACCAGCCGCGGCCCCGGUACCAGCUUUGAGUUUGCCCUGGCAAUCGUGGAAAGCUUACUCGGGCGUGAAGUGGCCGAUCAAGUCAAGGCUCCCUUGGUACUGAAAGAUUAACGGAGCCGUGGACCCUUAGCCCCAAAUCUUGCACUUAGUAGUCCUUAUAGCGGAGAGUUCUAGUAAGAGUUCUGUCUCCUGUCUUUAAAGCACUUAUUCUCAUACUGUAUGAACUCACAACCGUCUGUUCCAUCAAAUAAGGUUUGCUUGGCGAUCCGAAAUUAAGCUUUUGAGCAACAUAAACUGAAUGGCACUUAAUGAGCGAGAGCGAUGUUUUGGCAAAUGCGAAAAUAAAAAAAAUAAAACUCGCCUGAUCCAUAGA